AGACCCCCCAGCUGUUCACGGUGGUCCCCGAAAAACGAACGGCGACCGUGGGAACGGCCAUGAUGGGAUCCACGCACAUCUACGACAUGUCUGCGGUGAUGGGCCGCAAGGGGCCGGUGGCAGAGGCUCAGGGCGUGGAGGUGGCGCUGGCCCCCGAGGAGCUGGAGCUGGACCCCACGGCCAUGACGCAGAAAUACGAGGAGCACGUGCGGGAGCAGCAGGCGCAGGUGGAGAAGGAAGAUUUCAGCGACAUGGUGGCCGAGCACGCGGCCAAGCAGAAGCAGAAGAAGCGGAAGGCGCAGCCCCAGGACGCUCGCGGGGGUGGCAAGAAGUACAAGGAGUUCAAGUUUUAGACGUCACCGCUGUCCCCUCGCUGUCCCCUCGCUGUCCCCUCGGUG